AUGACGAAAGACGUGAAGGGAUCGUCGACCGACAUCCACGGCAAUCCUGAGGAUUUGCGCGUGGGUGAGACGUUGACAGACAGAGAACAUGACGCGGUCUUCGGAGAUAUGUCCAAGGACGGGCCAAAUUACCGUGAUGUCGGAUGGUUUGGAACUUCAUGCUUGAUGAUGAAGACUCAGAUUGGUCUUGGGGUCUUGUCAUUUCCGGCCGUCUUCGACACACUGGGACUGAUCCCCGGGGCAAUAAUACUCUGCACCAUUGCAGGUAUCCCCACUUGGUCGAACUACAUCGUGGGAGUGUUCAAAGUCAACCAUCGCAGUGUUUAUGGCGUCGAUGACGCCGGGCAGCUGAUGUUUGGUCGUAUCGGAAAAGAACUGUUCGCUGUUGCUUUUAUGGGCCAGUACGUGAUGACGGCUGGCUCGGCGAUGUUGAGUCUUUCGAUCAGUCUCAACGCCCUCUCGGACCAUGGCGCUUGCACCGCCGUCUUCGUCGCCGUCGCAUUUGUUCUGAUCUUCAUCUUGGCGAGCAUUCGCACCCUCGGCCGCAUCACCUGGCUCGCGAUAGUUGGCGUCGUUUGCAUCAUUACUGCAGUGUUAACCGUGACCAUCGCUGUGAGCUUCCAAGAUCAGCCCCCAAACGCUCCCAAGGAUGUCCAUUGGGAGUCUGACUACAGACUCUUUGGCAACCCAAGCUUUUCCGAGGCCGUCUCGGCCGUGUCGACGCUCAUUUUUGCGUAUGCCGGCACAGGUGCCUUCUUUCCCAUUGUAUCUGAGAUGAGAGACCCCCAUCUCUAUCCCCGGGCAUUAGCACUUUGCCAAACAGUCGUUACCAUCAUAUUCCUGACUGUUGGUAUCGUCGUGUACUACUAUUGUGGAUCUUAUGUUGCCUCGCCUGCUCUUGGAUCUGCCGGUGUGACUAUUAAGAAGGUUUCGUAUGGUAUUGCGUUCCCUGGACUGCUUGUCAGCGGCGUGCUUCUUGCUCAUGUAUCGAGCAAAUAUCUCUUCGUCCGCUUUCUGCGCAAUUCGAAGCACCUCGCAUCCAACUCAUUUGUACAUUGGGCCACAUGGCUAGGCUGCAACCUUGGUGUCUGUCUCCUGGCCUACAUCCUUGCGAGUGCAAUUCCCGUCUUCAAUGGCAUCGUCUCUCUUUCCGGAGCGCUAUUCGGCACGCUGCUAUCAUUCCAGCCUAUGGGAUGCAUGUGGCUCUUCGACAACUGGGCUCGUAAGGAGGGCCCUACUUUACGCUGGCGUCUCAUGGUUGCUUGGAGUGUCUUUGUAAUAGUGGCUGGCACUUUUAUGAUGAUCGCUGGCACGUAUGGCGCAGUUGUGGGCAUCAUCGAUUCUUACAAAGCUGAUGGAGGCUCGUCUGCUUGGUCGUGCGCGGACAAUUCCAACUCUAGCUAG